AUGUUGCUGCAACCUUCACUGAUAACAGGACAAGCAUGGGAUGCAGUUAUGCAGAAAUGUCGUUGCUUAUUGAAAAUAAUAAUAGUCGCCUUUUUUGGCAUUUUUGCCCUCCAAAAGUUUCUCAUUUCCCCGGAGAAAGCCCCUGGAAAAAAUAACGUUCCAAACAUUGUUCAUUAUGUUAUAUUUAAAAAUUCCAGUUUGGAUUUUAUCACAUUCCUUUCCAUCACUUCUGUAAUAAAGAACCACGCGCCUGAAUUAAUUUUGAUACAUACAAAUGCAACGACAGCUGUAUGCGCCGGGCGAUACUGGAAGUUAGUACAAAAUCUCGCAGUUUAUUUUCAUGUCGAAAUCAGGCCGACAUUCUACGAUGUGCCGACGCAUGUAUACGGUCAAAGAUUAAGCUCUGUAUACCAUGCCUCUGAUGUAGCGAGACUUGAUAUACUGUAUAAGUUCGGUGGGAUUUACCUCGAUACAGAUUCAGUUGUUCUGAAACCGCUCAAUGAGUUCUUCGAUUAUGAAACGACGCUGGCUUGCCCGGAAAACGACUACGUUGGAAAUCAAGUGAUAGUGGCAGCCAAAGGUUCGAAAUUUAUCCAUCUCUGGCUACAAAGUUAUAAACAGUACCAGCCGACAAAGUGGUAUUUGAACGCUGGUCAGUACCCGACCACUCUUCUUGAACACCGGCCGGGUCUGGCACGAAAGCUGGUUCACGAAUUCGGUGUACAGAAUCUUUUGGAUGAACUCUACGUUCAAAACAACUGGCAAGGGUGGAAAACGUUGUAUGCAAUACACUUGUUGAGCAGGCACCCUCCUUCUCCACAGUUUGUCAAUGAAAACACGGUCUUCGACAACACUUUUGGUGAGAUCGUCAGAUGGAUACUAUUCGAUGUAAAACCAAAAUUGGUGAUUGAGAAAAUGUCAUGGAGCUUUAUUGAUAUUUAACAUGUUUUAUUUGCAUUUGCAUUUAAACGUUAAAGAAAUUAUUUUGAAAUCUGUGAUAUGAACCUCUAACUUGAUCACAAAAGUCAAAACACAUCUAACAAAAUAAGUGAAGAUCAACCUGCCAGAUGAACUCUCUUUUUUAAUAUGUUCUUCCUUGUCAAUUGUGUAUAUUGUAUAAUUGUUUAUAGAAGGUUUUUCUUCACUAUAUAUAUUUUUAUAUUACAUGUAAAAAGCGAUAUAAUAUAUACACCUAAUAAAAUACAACAAAAUAGAUAAAUUCUUGAAGAAAA